CGAACCUUUCCAAUCGCAGUGCAGACCACCAUGUCAAAGAAAUGGCAAGAUAUAGCUCAGGAGAAGCGACAGGCAGUUAAUUCCCUCCUCCCUGAGAAGUGGAAGACCACCAAGCUUAUUCCCCCCGUCUCGGAGCUUCCUGACGUUACUAAUUACGCGGCGACCUUUCUCUCUGAGAAGGAGAGAGAGAUCACCGCACAGUACACGGCGAGCGAGCUGGUAGGCAAGCUUGCCCGCAGAGAGUAUACCGCUGUGCAAGUCGUCGAGGCCUUUUGUCACCGCGCUACGAUCGCGCAUGAGCUGGUCAACUGUAUCAGCGAGGUUCUCUUUUCACAAGCUAUUACCCGAGCCGCAGAGCUCGACGACUAUCUGCGCGCUCACGGUAAGCCUGUUGGUCCUCUACACGGCCUUCCCAUCUCGUUGAAAGAUCAAUUCCGUGUCAAAGAUGCGGAAACAUCGGUGGGCUACGUUGCCUGGCUCGGCAAAAAGGAGACGGAUGAGACCGAGUCUUUUUUGGUGAAGAGGUUAAAGGAGUUAGGUGCCAUUGUCUUUGUUAAGACCAACGUUCCGACAAGUCUCAUGGCCAUCGAGACGAACAACAACAUCAUAGGCUACACGUUGAAUCCUUAUAAUCGUUUGCUUUCUUCUGGCGGCUCAUCAGGAGGAGAAGCUUCUCUGCUGGCUCUGCGAGGCAGUAUCAUCGGACUGGGGAGCGACAUCGGUGCCUCUAUCCGACUUCCCUCUGCUGUCAGCGGCCUGACAGGACUGAAGCCUUCACACGGUCGACUACCGUAUCUUGGUGUUGCCAACAGCAUGGAAGGUCAGGAGACCGUCCCUUCAGUCAUCGGACCCUUGGCCCACAACGUUGCCGACCUCCGUUUCCUGUUCAAGUCCAUAUGCCAAACUCAGCCUUGGCACGAUGACCCUAAAGUCCUACCUCUGCCGUGGCGAGCUGAUGAAGAGGAGAAGGGCAGAGAGUCCAUAAAAGAAGGUGGAUUGACGUUUGGGGUCAUCAAAUGGGAUGGUGUUGUCAUGCCACAUCCCCCUGUACAGCGAGCCAUUCAGGAGACUAUAUCAAAAUUGAAGGCCCAAGGUCACGAGGUUAUUGAAUGGUCUCCGCCUGCGCAUCAAGAAGCAUUCGAAAUCUUAUGGAACACCUUUGCCGCAGAUGGUGGCACCGAUAUCCACGCCACACUCUCACUCUCCGGCGAGGCCCCCGUCCCCCAACUCUCAGCCUCCUUUGGAGAAGUGGCAGGUACUCUCCCUAUCCCCACUAUCAACGAUAUCUGGGCACUACAGCGUCGGAAGUACGAAUACCAAACACGCUACCUAGCUUACUGGAACUCGACCGCCACCUUAACCAAGCCAGGAAGGCCAGUCGACGCCCUAAUCGCCCCGGCAGCGCCGACGGCAUCAUUUCUACCGGGGAAUGGUUUGUAUUUCGGAUACACGGGCGUCUUCAACGUUUUGGAUUUCUCGGUGGUCGUGGUCCCGGUUACGAAAGUCGACAAAAACCGAGAUCCAAAGGUUGACGGGUACGUCCCUGCCGGUGAUUUGGAUACUUUGGUUUGGCAGCAGUGUAUGUAUUUCCCUAACCAAACCAAAGAUGGGGCGUCUUUGCUGAUAUGAAAUGCUAUGUACAGACGAUCCCGAGAUCUUUCACGGUGUGCCGAUUGGCUUGCAGAUCGUAGGAAGAAGGCUCGAGGAGGAAAGGAUACUUGCUAUUUCGGAGGAAGUCGAACGGUGUCUAUCGAAGGAAGAGGUGUCUAAAUAAAUAGUCACAUUAGGAAUUGAAUGAAAG